AUGCAGGAGCCCAGCCAUGAUGGACACAUCGCAAAACUCACCCCGCGACGCGACCAGACUACGGGCCUUCGAGAGCCAGCUUCGUCCAAUAAGAGGAAAAGAGAGGAUGAUGAUGACCUGAGAGACGCAAUUCCCUUAUCCAAAAAGGCAUUCAUAGUCAAACCGUGUCCAAAUUCACAAUACGAUAAACCUUACACCUUUACACCACUCGCCUUACUCCCUCGUGCCCGUCUACCGCUGUCAUGUCUCGAUACGGCAGCGAAUAUUCUACCAGCAAAUCGACUGUUCGUCUCACGAUCUGGAUUAACGCAGUGUGAAUCAGACAAGGGGGAAGGCCGGGUAUGCAAGCACAGGCUCCUAGUUGCUCGACUCGACUCGGAUAAGCGAUUAUAUGCCGUGGAGAAUGUACAAGAUAAUGUUUAUGCGUUGUGCAAGCUUGCAGACUGGCUCACUACAGAACGCGUCCUUCAAUUUGCCGCCACGGAAGGACGAGAGAAAAUUCUACUUCAGCACCCCAGUCUCCGGGCUGUAAGUCAGGAUGAGAAAUGGUGGAAACCGGCAAUCCUGGACGGAGGUCAAAGCGAACAACCACGUAAAGCAGACACCCAAGCGCCUAGAUUGUUUAUGUGCCACGAUAUCCUUGGCACGUUACCAGAGACGAAGCCAGCGCAAGUGCCAAAUGCGAUACAACAAAAUACUACGAAAGCGGAUAGACCAGACACAACAGAGCACAUAGAAGUUGAACAAGAACCAACAGCACCAUCUCCAGAGAAGGCCUUCGAAGGCUUCGUGCUCCAGUACCUCGAGGCGCUGUACCUCUCCAGAACUUCACUUGCGUAUCUUGCUAAAGGGCCUCUCUCAAAAGCUAGGGCUGCUUUUGCAGGCAAAGAUGAAUCCAUGGAGCCACGUCAUCUUGUGUCGUAUCUCCGGAGCAUGGUAUUUAGCUUGCCAAUAAUGGACAAAAAGUACAAGAUGAAGCUUCCCGAGAUAUUACGCGACGCACAUCUCGACGAUAUAGACGAUAACUACAACACGAAGUCUGUGGCAACUCUACUCAGGCGUGACAAGUCUAAAAAACAGCUCAAGCUCAAUCGAGAUGGCAUGUACGCCAAGGAAGAUCAGGUGGUUAAGCGGUGGUGGAAGUUUCAUGACACAACGACCACGUACUCCACGGAACAAAAGCCAGAUGCAAUCAUAAGUACAAGGCUGGCAGAUCUAAAGCAACGGGAGAUUUUGGCACAGAUAAUCCUGAUUCUGGAAACCCUUUCACUGGAAACCUCACCUUCCUUUAAGACUGCUGCAAAUCCAGAUGGAGAGCAUUUGCCGGCACUAAAGGGAGCUCUCGAGGAUGUAAAAGCUAAGAGAUCGAAAGUAAAGAAGCCACAUGACCUGAAACUGCUACUAGACCUUCUCCUGGACAGGCUUUGUAUCUGGCAAUCUGUCGAGAAUGACCUGGGCUCCAUGGAUGCCAUCAACAAAAUGGAUGUCUCGAAUGCGAACUCGGCGAAAGUGACCAACAGCGAUAGAUUAAGAGACUUUUGUGUCGAGGUCAUCAUUCCAUUUUACAUGAGCCGAAUUCCAGAACAAGCCGCUAUGGUCAACCGAAAGCUCGGUGGUCCGAAAGCAAUCUCACCGCCGAAGAAGCCGUCAUCCAAACACAACGCAAUCCAGAAGCGGCCAGGCGCCCCCGAGACACGACCUGAUUCGCGGAGAAAACCACGAGAACCAUUGGGACGGAUUGCGACAGGUCCAACAAUAUCGAAAUCCAUGCGACCCCCGUCUCUUGCAAGAUCAGCCACAGAUUCGGCGAUUAUCCCUGGUCUCAAAUCAGAGAGAAGUGAUACACCACUUUCAGCUAUUCCGCUCGACAGGGGUUCGUCCGUCUCUAGUCGCGCUCCCAUAUCUCAAUACCAUCGAUUCGCAUCUCGAGAGGUAGACUUGACGGCCAUGUCAACUGUCACUGCUGCUAAGAGGAAGAGGAAGGAGGCAAUUGAGGAGCAGUUGAAACAGGCAAUUAGCACCCUUAAAAAGCCGAACCGAGGGCUAGCUGUCAAAGAGUUUGUGGACUCAGCUGACUUAAGGGCCAAUAAGUCCAGCACAAAAGUCAAGAGAACCGCUGGAAUCAAAAGUGUUCCACCUGUGCAGGUCACGGCAACACCGAAGCGAGCCAGAACCUCAAAAUAUCACACUCAGUCUCAGUCUCCAGCAGAAGAGCCGAGCCAACCGUCCAUGUAUGAACAAGAGCAACUACCGUCCAGCGCCUCCUAUGUCCCAUCGUCUGCUAUUCGACCUCCUCAUUCGGCAUGUGUACCUGGUACUGUGCUCAAAAGUCGACAGUCACACGCCCCGAACGCAACUCGUUCAAAUGGUGUAGAAGAAACACCAUCUCGCGGUCCGGCAAAGAGGAUUUCGGACUAUUCAGAACUGGGCAAAGUCAAGCUACCAACGCCAGGACAAGUUCUGCAAACGCCGAUCAGACCAAUGAAUAAAAGCCUCCCAAACGUUACUUGUAAUGCCAUGGGUUCACCGAUUGCUAGACCCCUAUUCCAGCGCAUGGAUAAAAAACCGCCGUCCAAGCCAGCGGCUACACUAGAAGCGUUUGCUCCUACUGAGCAGACCCAGUCACUCAGAAAUAUGGAGCAUAUCGAGAAGCGUGAUCAUAGUAUCUUUACUACACCGGUGAAGAAGCCACUUGCCGUCGAUACGAAGGCAGGAAGGGACGAGAAUACGGCGACGAAUAUAUACGAUAUGCUGGGUUGGAAUGAUGAUGACGAUGAUGCUGAUGAACUUGCCUUUUAG